AUGCAUGACAUGCUAUCUACUAUAUUUCAGCCGUGCGAGCUCCAGGUAAACCUGAUCCAAAAUGUGAUUUUUCUGAGACCGCCACAGCGUGCUGAAUUGGAUGCUGAGCACCGAACGCAUGAGCUGCCUCCGCUUUCGAAUGACGAGCUUGUACGAGGUAUCAUUCAUCUUUAUGCACCGUCGUCUCGACACAUCGAUGGUCUGCGUGUGCAUCUGCGCGCUACUAUGUCCCUUGCCCAUCUGGACACGGCGCAGAAUCAGAGUCCUUCUUCGUGGGAAACGUCGACAUUUAUGGAUCGAAUCCUGGAAAUUUGUGUUCCACCACGACUCUCCAAAUUAAAUGCGCCUCGAUCAAGCUCAUCGAGUGUUCCCCGGCCACGCAGUCCAUCGAUUGUGCCAGGUGGUGGGGGUCGGCACGGUGACAGUCAUGAUAUUUUCCGGAAUAUGGUGCGCGGUGUCUCGAAGAACCGCGCUUCGCGGUCUGGCUCACAAACGCCUGCUCUGCUGCGUAUACCGCAUGGCAUGCCCACCACGCACCAUGAAGAUCCGCGUUGCAGUAAUCAUUCCCUGUCGCGAACGCCAUAUGAGCAUUCUGGUACAUCCACACCUCAAUAUGGCUUCGGUGGCGGUGCCAUGACGGACGAGGAUCUACAGCAUGUGACAGAGCAGUUGGAAGCGCAAAAUGUGCACGAUGACGAGUUUGAGCGUCGUGGACGAGCUGUCUCACGGCGAGAGCCUCUGGCGCACAACGAAGAAAAGCGGGGUCGAUCCAAGUCGAAGCAUCUGGAGGUCAUCUCACAGGGCGGCGACGAGGAUGGCAUGGAGUUGAGUAAGGGUGUGCAUAUGUUUGAAUUUGCGUUCAUUGUUCCUGCAGACUCGCCGCCGUAUGACCGAAGCCCCUUUGGCAAGGUGCGAUACAUGGUCAAGGUUACGGCUCUGGGUGCUGGCCGUGCGCGAAGCAACGUGGAAGAAUGGCGCGACUUUUUUCCUAUGGUCAACCCUGCGCCGGAUGGCGGUGUGACGCCGCUGACGGUCCUUUUCAACGAUGUACAUCCAACGAUGGGUUUGUUGUCUGUGGCGUGUACGUCCAACAAUAUAUCGGUCGGUGGUCUGUUCAACAUUGAUAUCCACAGUCCCUCGCCGCCGCCUGACUUGAUCGUGUAUAUGGCGCGCGUAUCUCUGCAUACGACGAUCGAAGUCACAACGCGUCGCAGGGGUCGGCAGGUGUCACCUGUCCAGAAGCGGCGUCUGUUUGAAAAGGGCAUUGUGGCCCAUGAAAAAUCCAAUUUGGACGAUAUCGAUCAUAUGCCAGGCUAUAUCCGUUAUGCGGGCGACGAUUCGGCGUGGACUGUGCAGGGUGUGGCACGUAUCCCCGACGACAAUGCGAUUCGUCCCAGUACGAUGUCCGGCACGCGCUCGCCGCUGCGUUUCCAUCACACGCUCGUGGUAGAAGUGGUGCACAGCAGGUCGAAUCCAUCGGUGCCAGAUGCCCUCACACCAGAAGGACGACGGAAGAUCAAAGUAUUUACGCUGCGGCAAGGCGUGAUUAUCCCCUCUUGCUGCUGUGCGCUGGACGCCGUGACGCUGCCAGCCUACAGCCCUAGCAGCAAUAGCGCGCCGAAUGUGCCGCAGCUCAAGCAUCUCACGGGGUCGACGUGGGAGCAGAUUGUCAUGGCGAAUCAAGACCGCGGCGAGUCGCACAAUAUGUGUGUAUGUGGGAUGAGCCUAGCCGAUUUAUCCGCUGCCGAGCAGGCCAUGCUGCCCCCACCUGACCCCACGGAUCUCAUGAUUAGUGAGGCAACGCCGGGGCGCAAGCCCGGUGAGCUGCAGUCGUCUGACGAUUUGCACGCUGGAUUAUCUGAUCACUCUUACUACGAACCUAUGCAGCGCCCGACAGCGUCGCGAGCCGCAUCUUCUUUUACCGACUUGCCGCCGGCCUACACGAAGUAG